AUGACGUUAAGGAGCAUGUUGAUGGUGAAGGCAGGAGGAGGAGGAGGUAGAUUCCACUGUUAUGCAGGGGAAUAACGCAACAAUGGUGACCAACAGGCGGAGUGGGUGACGGAGGCGGCGGGAGUGGGCGUGAUGGUGGUGACCUCCCACGCCCAGAACGACCUCACCUCACUCACCAAGGCUCUCUCCCACGCUCGUGAGCUGCGGGUGUUGGCGAGGUGCGUGGUGGUCGUGGUGGCGAGCGACGACCCGGCCUUCCUGGUCGCCUUCGCCCAGUCGUCUGACAGAGGCCGCCUGCUGGUGUGGUCGACCAGACUGUUGGUGGUGACGAGGGCGCCUCUCCACGAGGUCAUGCGUCUCCUGCGCCAGUACUGGACCUUCUCCAUGAUGAACACCAUGUUCCUGACCCCAGGAGUCCCAGCGUCUGGUCACAGAUGGGACACCUACACACACCUGCCAUACAGCCAGCAGGGGGCUCUGACACUUCCUCUUCCUCCGGCAGGGGGCUCUGACACUUCCUCUUCCUCCGGCAGGUGGGACACCUACACACACCUGCCAUACAGCCAGCAGGGGCCGCAGGUGGUCCACGUAGCCACCUGGACACCUGCUAGGGGACUGGUCGUCCUGACCCAACACCACCUGUUUCCUCAGAAAUUCGAAAAUUUCUACGGAACAAUCCUUAACGUGACUGUGAACUUCUUUAAACCCAUCUGGAUGGUGGUGGAGGAGAGGGCAGCGGACGGCAGCAAGGUCUCCCGCACCACGGGACGCGACUACAUCAUCCUGGAGACCAUUGCUGGGCUCCUGAACUUCUCCUUCAGGGCCAUCCCUCUCUCUGAUAAGACUGAAAUCAUGGAGGACGUACAGAAUCGGACAUCUUUCUUGAGGUCAACGAAGAUGGCGCUGUUGUUUCACCUCAGACAGAAGCUUGACUCUACCUUCAUGAUCGAGGAAUCCACAAUGACCUUCGCCAUGGCCAAACCCCUGUUGCCGCCCCGUUGGCAGAGCCUCUACCACCCCUUCAGCGGCCAGGUGUGGGCGGCUGUGGUCGGCCUCCUCUUCCUAGUCCCGCCCACUCUCCUGCUGGUGACGUUGAUGAUUUCGCUGGUCGAUCGCCAAAGGGUGCGGACGUGCCCCAGUAUUGUUCCUCAGUUGUUUGGCGAGGCAUUAAGUCAGUAUAUGGGUGACUGUUUCCGUGCCCUGUGUGGUACCCCGGACGUGGGAAUGUACUUGUCGAGGGAUAUAGUGCGAUAUCCCGACAGGGGUCUUAAGAAGACUCUGACAAAGCCGCCUUCAGAUAUCAUAAAUGCUUCCAACCCAUUUGCCAUUCUGGAAGACGAAUGUUGUAGGAAGACUGCAGUUCACUCGAAAGGCAAGGUAACGAAGGGAGUGCCGGUCCCUCAAGGUGCUCACAAAGUAAAAAAAGUACCUAAGCGUAUUUUGGUUGUGGGAGAUUCCCAGGUUGCUCGCUUGGAGGUGACCAUCACCCCAGAGGAAGGAGAAGGAAGGAGUCCCCCAGGACCCUUGCUGGUGGCGCAGGACGUGGUGGGGACGCUUCUGGGGCAGGACCUCACCAGACGCCUCCCCAGCAGGAGCUCCACACAGAUUGUGGUGGGAGCGUGGCUGGUGUUGGCCUUCAUCGUGGGCACGGCUUACCGGGGCAACCUUACUGCCUUCCUCACUGUGCUCAAGUACCCGGCCAGACCAGAGAACCUCGAGCAGCUCUUAAAGACAGAUGCAAGAGUGGCUAUGCACCGUAGCCUUCAAGACUACUUCUACAACUACUACAAGCAUUCCAACUCUACUAUGUUCAGGGAGCUGGCUGACCGCACAUAUCUCGUAGCCUCGCAUGCUGACGGACUCCAAAAAGCCAUGAACAAAACCGAGGCGUACGUCUUCGAGGGCGCCCUGCUGAGAGUGCUGGUGGCUGAGAACUACACGAGAGACGACGGCUGGUCGCCACUCUACGUGGCCAGACACCCCAUCCAGCCCGGGUACGCGGUCUGGUACGCUCCCAGAGAUGCGCCCUACACCCACAUCAUCGACCGCUGCCUCCUGGCCUUCCAUGGGGCUGGCUUGAUCCAACGGUGGAGCCAAGUAGUGUUGGAGGACGCCCGCCAGCGGGACCGAGCCAGGCGUAUGGAGGAGGCCAGGAGGAAGAGAAGAAGCAAGGAGGGAAAGAUGGAGAUGAAGGAAGAUGUGAAGGAUUGGAUGCUAGUGUUGGAGGAGGAGACUUCUGGCGGCCUCCAGCCUCUCUCCCUCACACACCUCCAGGGCCCAUAG